GCGGACAGAAAGUUAACUUGUUGCAGACUGAACUUUUUUUUUCGUUCAGAGCUGGAGCAGGAAAACAAGGAUUCAAGAAAGGAUAAAGGGGAAAAAAGAAACUGGGAAAUAGGUUGAAAUGGCGUUUCGGAGGAGGAAUAAGAGCUACCCUUUCUUUAGUCAGGAGUUUUUAAUUCAGAACCAUGCCGACAUCGUCUUUAGUCUGGUCAUCUUUAUUUUAAUUGGCCUGAUGUUUGAGGCAACUGCAAAGACAGCCAUCCUCUUUAUCCAGCCACAGUAUAACAUCAGCACACUGACUGCAGACGGAGAGCUGACUCUGUACCAUUACGGGUGGAAAGACUGCGCCACCGUCCUCUUCUAUCUCUUCAUCACCAUCAUCCUCCACGCCGUGGUUCAGGAGUACAUCCUGGAUAAAGUAAACAGGCGUCUGCACCUUUCCAAGAGCAAGAACACAAAGUUUAACGAGUCCGGCCAGCUGUGUGUGUUCUACCUCGUCUCCAGUUUGUGGAGUCUAUACGUUCUCGCUACUGAGGGUUACAUUCUGCACCCGAGCAGCCUUUGGGAGAACUACCCUCACGUCCACCUGAGGUUCCAGGUGAAGUUUUUCUAUCUGACCCAGUUGGCGUAUUGGCUCCACGCUCUGCCCGAGCUCUACUUCCAGAAAGUGCGCAAGGAGGAGAUUCCUCGUCAGUUGCAGUAUAUCUGCCUGUACCUGUCUCACAUCCUGGCAGCAUACCUGUUAAAUCUAACACGUGUAGGCCUGGUGUUACUCUUCCUGCAGUACGUCUCGGAGACGGGAUUCCAUCUCUCCAGACUCAUCUACUUUAUCGACGAAACCCACCAUAAAAUGUUUGAUUUGUGGUCAGUGGGGUUUGUUUUGACCCGUAUGGUGUCUCUGACCCUGAUGUUCUUAUCUGUGGGUUUUGGUUUGGCGCGAUCAGAGAACCAGACACUUGACUGGGAGGCUGGAAACUUCAACACCCUGCCUAUAAGGCUCUUGGUGUUGUUCCUGGUGUGUUCUACACAAUCAUGGCUGCUGUGGAAGUUUUUCUGUUUCCAGCUGAGGAGAACUCGUGAGUUCAGACUGGAGCAGGCGAGAAAGAGAGCAGCAGCUAAACAACAGACCUCACGUACAGUUAAACGUGACACAGCUGGUCACCAUGAGAACGGCGCGCUCAAGCUGGAGAACGGAACAUCACCUCGGCUGAAGAAGCUCAAAGCCCCUUAACCCCGCCCCCUUUCUUUUUUUUUGUUGUAAGGGACAGGAACAGGAAAUGGAUCGGUGGUUUCCUGUUCUGAUCAAACAACAGACUGAGGGUGCUACAACAUUCCAUAGAGGACGUGCCAUCCGAAAGUAUUGGCACCUUCGGGGGGGGGUAAUCCCCCAUGUUCCCUCCUUUUUCUUUUUUUUUUUUCUUUUGUACAUCAUUAUCAGUAUUUGUUUCUCUCUCUCUCUCUCUCUCUCUCUCUCUCUCUCU